AUGCCUGUCGGUGCUGCGCUGUGGCGCAAUUUACGUGCGCAUCAGGUCUACGGCGCCAAUACUGAUGUGGGGAAGACAAUUGUCUCGACUGUGCUGUGCAAUGCCGUUCACCGACAGAAACAACAAGCCGCAUUCCUCAAGCCUGUGUCAACAGGAGCGUUGGACGAUGCCGAUGAUCAACACUUGAAGCGCUUUGGUGCCGGAACAUUGACCAAGUGUCUCUAUCAGUUCGAUGACCCGGUGAGCCCGCAUUUGGCCGCCAAGGACAAAGUGAUCCCACGAGACGAUGAUCUCCUCGCCUCAAUUCAUAAGACUCUAUCCGGCUGGGCCCGCUCGGAUAUUGACUUUGCUCUCGUCGAGACUGCCGGGGGUGUCCACUCCCCAGGGCCCAAUGGCAACUCGCAGGCAGACUUGUACCGACCUCUACGGCUGCCGAUUGUGCUGGUUGCAGACUCCCGUCUAGGAGGAAUCUCUUCUUCCAUCUCUGCCUAUGAGUCGCUGCUACUUCGUGGCUAUGACGUGCAGUCGGUCCUCUUGUUCCGAGACGAUUACUACCAGAACCACGAGUAUCUCCGUGAUUACUUCAAUGGCAAGAGCAUUCCUCUAGUCUCACUACCAACCCCUCCAUCCCGCCCAGCUCAGCUAGAUGCAGAUGCCCAAUUGAGGGACGAGGAGGCCAUGUUCACCUAUUACCAAAAGUCCGCACAAGAAUCCGACAUCCUCAGACUCCUAGAGGAGAUGAAAGUGAAGAAUACUGAGCGCAUUGAACGACUAGAAGAGAUGGGCGACCGGGCUCGGGAUCUCAUCUGGUACCCCUUUACUCAGCACCAAGGCAUGCAAGCCAAGGACAUCACUGUGAUCGACUCAGCCCACGACGAUUACUUCCAGACCUUUGGAUCCAACUCCUCCAAGAAUACCCAAAGCGAAUUACAGCCAACAUUUGACGGCUCGGCAUCCUGGUGGACCCAAGGCUUGGGCCAUGGUAACCCCGAUCUCUCGCUUUCUGCAGCCUACGCCGCUGGCCGCUACGGGCACGUGAUGUUCGCAGGCGCCGUCCAUGAGCCAGCGCUCUCCCUCGCAAGUCGCUUGUUGGAGACCAUUGGAAACCCACGGUUCACCAAGGUCUUCUACACCGACAACGGAAGCACAGGAAUGGAAGUUGCCGUGAAGAUGGGUCUCCGCGCCUCUUGCGACCGCUACGGUUGGGAUGCAAGCCAGGAGCAAAUUGGCAUUCUGGGACUCAAGGGCAGCUACCACGGUGACACUAUCGGAGUGAUGGACUGCUCAGAGCCAUCCACUUACAACCAAAAGGUUGAGUGGUACCGUGGCCGUGGUCACUGGUUUGACUUCCCGCUAGUUAAGAUGGUUGGCGGGUCAUGGAAAGUCGAGAUCCCCCGUGAGCUCCAAGCUGAUUUGGGUGAGGAUGUUGACUUUGCUUCAUUGGGCUCAGUCUUUGAUCUCGAACAGCGUAUUGAAUCUACCUCGGCUCAGCGCUACAAGGAUUAUAUCCACCGAACCAUUGAGGACUUGGUCCAGCGCCAGGGUAUGAAGUUUGGUGCUCUGAUUAUGGAACCCGUCAUCCUCGGUGCUGGUGGAAUGCUCUUCUGUGACCCGCUCUUUCAGAGAUGCCUGGCUGACGUGGUCCGCGAGCACCCCGAGCUAUUCUCUGGUAAUGCAACUGCCCCUAAGGAGUCACCGUCCUGGUCGGGUUUACCAAUUAUCUUUGACGAGGUGUUCACCGGCUUAUACCGUCUGGGUCGCUCCACAUCAGCUUCAUUCCUGGGUGUCUCCCCUGAUGUUGCCGUCAACGCCAAGCUUCUUACCGGUGGAUUGAUUCCGCUUUGCACGACUGUGGCUAGCGAGGAGAUCUUCAACGCCUUCUCCAGCCCGGAAAAGAGCGAUGCUCUACUCCACGGUCACAGCUAUACUGCCCAUGCUGUUGGUUGCACCGUUGCCGUCGACUCACUGAAGACCAUGGCACAACUCGAGUCGGACGGAUCCUGGGAUGGAUUCCGCGAUGACUGGCGCGGCAGCUCCGUGGUUCCUUCUGAGGCCUCCACUCCUGACGUAUGGAGUGUCUGGUCACAGGGUCUACUCCAGGAUCUGUCAUGUGCAGAAUCAGUAGAAAGCGUCUUUGCUAUUGGUACUGUGCUUAGUAUUUCCCUGCGUGACGCUGAGGGUGGAGGCUACACUUCCAACGCUGCCAAGGGCCUGCAAACAAAACUCUCUAUCGGCGGUGAUAAAUUCAAUGUUCACUCGCGUGUCCUGGGUAAUGUCCUGUAUCUCAUGUCCAGUGUGACAUCCAAAUCCGAGUCAUUGCAAGAGAUGGAGAAGUUGCUCCGGUCGGCUUUGCUUUAG